UCCACUUUCUGUUAGCAGACGAAAAGAAAAACGAAGUCCCUGAGCUCAUCCAUGGCGGUUGCGAUCAUUUUCGAGCGAUGAAAUAUCCGUGCACUGCAAGAAAUCUUCUCGCAACGUAUUUGUUUCGUCAAGAAGACGAUCUCUCUUGUUGCUCUUAGGGAAGAGAAUCGAACGCGGAACUUCUCUGGAUUUGUUGAUUUCGGUGGAUUUCUCUGCGUUGUUUCGUGUUUUACGUUGAUACCAUGCUCGGGAACGGAGUGGUUGGGAUUCUGUCCGAGUCUUCUAACAAGUGGGAAAGAAGGGUGCCUCUAGCCCCAGCACACUGCGCUCGACUUCUGCACGGAGGAAGGCAGAAAACUGGAAUAUCUCGUAUAAUUAUUCAGCCAUCGACCAAACGUAUUUAUCAUGAUGCACAAUACGAGGAUGUAGGCUGUGAAAUUUCUGAUGAUUUGUCAGAAUGCGGUCUAAUUCUGGGUAUCAAACAACCCAAGCUGGAGAUGAUUCUUCCCGAUAGAGCUUAUGCCUUCUUCUCCCACACGCACAAAGCGCAAAAGGAAAACAUGCCUUUACUAGACAAAAUCUUAUCAGUAAGGGCAUCAUUAUAUGAUUACGAGCUUAUAGUUGGAAAUCACGGAAAAAGGCUACUUGCAUUUGGAAACUAUGCUGGCAGAGCUGGAUUUAUUGACAUUUUGCAUGGAUUAGGACAGAGAUAUUUGAGCCUUGGAAUUUCCACUCCUUUCCUCUCGCUGGGUUUGUCAUACAUGUAUCCAUCCCUGGCUGCUGCUAAGGCUGCAGUAAUAUCUGUGGGUGAAGAGAUUGCAACACAGGGCUUACCACCAGAUAUUUGUCCUUUGAUCAUUGUGUUUACUGGCUCGGGAAAUGUUUCUCAUGGAGCGCAAGAAAUAUUCAAGCUUCUUCCUCACACUUUUGUGGACCCAAGUAAACUUCAAGAAAUAUGUGGGAAGAAUGUGGAACUUCGCCAACAUGGAACAACAAGAAAGAGGGUCUUCCAAAUAUAUGGUUGUGUUGUGGGUUGCCAACACAUGGUUGAACACAAAGAUUCAACAAAAAAAUUUGAUCGAGUUGAUUACUAUGCUCAUCCAGACCAAUAUCAACCUAUUUUCCAUGAAAAGAUAGCUCCAUAUGCUUCUGUUAUUGUAAAUUGCAUGUAUUGGGAGAGAAGAUUUCCACGGUUGCUGAACACCAUGCAGUUUCAAGAUCUAAUGAGAAGUGGAUGCCCUCUUGUUGGUAUUUCAGAUAUAACUUGUGAUGUAGGGGGUUCAAUAGAAUUCAUUAACCAGACAACGUCAAUUGACUCUCCUUUCUUCCGGUAUGAUCCUUUUAAUGAUUCAUACCACUGUGAUUUGGAAGGCAGUGGAGUGAUAUGUUCCGCUGUGGACAUUCUUCCAACAGAGUUUGCCAAAGAGGCCUCCCAGCAUUUUGGAGACAUCCUAUCGACACUUGUUGGCAGUCUGGCCUCUGUAGUCGACAUUUUAGAGUUACCCAUGCAUUUGAGGAGAGCCUGCAUAGCCCAUAGAGGGGCACUAACCUCUUUGUAUGAAUAUAUUCCACGUAUGCGGAAGUCAGAAACUGAAGAAUUAUCUGUGGAUAUUGCUAAUGGCCACACCAACAAAAAGUUCAAUAUACAGGUGUCUCUGAGUGGCCAUUUGUUCGAUCAAUUUCUAAUAAAUGAGGCCUUAGAUAUUAUUGAAGCAGCUGGUGGCUCAUUUCACUUGGUUAACUGUCAAGUGGGCCAGAAUGCAAAUGCUAUGUCACACUCAGACCUUGAAAUUGGUGCUGAUGAUACAGUGAUUUUGGAUAAAAUAAUUUACUCUCUAAAUCUGAUGGCUAAUCCAGAAGAAAAUCUUGAUCUCGUAAAUAAGGAGACAAAUAAGAUUUUUCUUAAGGUUGGUAAGAUUCAAGAGAGUAGCUCUAAAAGGGAAGAUACAAAAAGGAAUACUGCUGUUCUGCUUCUUGGAGCAGGUCGGGUUUGUUAUCCAGCUGCUGACCUCCUAGCAUCAAGCGGAGGGAGUUCACAUCGUCAGUUCUGGAAAACUUUUCUUGAGAACUAUGCUGAAGACUGGAAUGAUGUUGAAGUUAUCGUUGCUUCACUCUACCUGAAGGAUGCAGAAGAGAUAACUGAAGACAUUGCUAAUGCGACAGCUGUGCAGCUUGAUAUUACGGAUUCUGAGAAACUUUUUAUGUAUAUCUCACAGGUUGAAGUUGUUAUAAGUCUGCUGCCACCUAGUUGCCAUCUUACUGUAGCAAAAGCAUGCAUUGAGCUUAAAAAGCAUCUAAUCACUGCUAGCUACAUUGAUGAUUCCAUGACAUUGCUAGAUGAACAGGCAAGGAAUGCUGGUAUAACAAUUCUUGGGGAAAUGGGUCUGGAUCCUGGCAUAGAUCAUAUGUUAGCAAUGAGGAUGAUCAAUGAGUCACAUCUUCAAAAGAGGAUAGUGAAAUCCUUUGUAUCAUAUUGUGGGGGAAUUCCGUCUCCAGAUUCAGCAAACAAUCCAUUAGCAUAUAAAUUCAGUUGGAAUCCUGCUGGAGCUAUUCGAGCUGGAAGCAAUCCGGCUACAUAUAGAUAUGAAGGAGAAACGGUGAAAGUUGAAGGAAAGGAUCUUUACGACUCUGCUGUGAGACUACGCUUACCUGACCUUCCAGCUUUUGCUUUGGAAUGUAUUCCAAAUCGCAAUUCCUUAAUUUAUGGAGAUGUAUACGGCAUAGGGCACAAGGCAUCGACCAUAUUUCGUGGAACCCUACGAUAUGAAGGAUUUAGCAAAGUGAUGGGAACCCUGGCAAGAAUUGGAUUCCUAGACACUGAAGUUCAUUCCUUUCUUAGGAAUAAGAAGCCACUGUUUCGAGAUUUCUUGCUUGAGCUUCUCAAAAUUAAAGUAGAAUCGAAUGACUCCACGAUUAGAGAGAAGGACAUCAGGGAGAGCAUUAUUUCUAGUGGACUCUGUAAGGAGCAAGAAACUGCUGUAAGAGUAGCCAAAACAAUCGUAUUUUUAGGAUUUCAUGAGCCAACAGAGAUUCCUUCAUCUUGCCAAAGUGCAUUUGACGUUACCUGUCACAGAAUGGAAGAACGGUUAACCUACUUAAAAAAUGAGCAGGAUAUGGUACUUCUACAUCAUGAAAUACAAGUAGAAUCGCCAGACGGUCAACGUAAAGAGUGUCGCAAGGCCACAUUUCUAGAAUUUGGGAGGAUCGAGAAUGGAAAGAUCACUAGUGCAAUGGCUCGUACUGUUGGUAUUCCAAUAGCUAUUGGGGCUUUGCUUUUACUGACAAACAAAAUCAAGACACGAGGUGUUUUAAGGCCCAUUGAAUCUGAAGUCUAUAUUCCAGCCUUGGAUCUCUUACAAGCUUAUGGUUUCAAACUAACAGAGAAGAUUGAAUCCUAGCUUGGCUUCUAACACUACUAGAGAAAAGGGAUAAUCCACUGGGGAAGUAAUAUAUAUAUAUAUAUAUAUAGUUUAAAGAUUUGUUAUGGCAACCUGUUAAUAUAAAAACAUCUUGAUCUAAAACUCAACAACCCCUCAAAAGAAAAAUUAUAUGUGGGUGUUAAGAUAGAGUCUCAUGAACAGUAUGAACAAAACCACAUCCAAACUUCAUGGGUAAAUUUUGAUGUCCAGCUAUGUUGCAAUAUGUCGUGAUAUGAUAUCCUGUAAUGAUCCUUCGUGUGAAGUUCAUAUUAUACCUAUCCUGUAAUAUCAUUAUUGUUAUUAUUAUUUCUUUCAAUCAUGAAGAUUUGAUUCU